AUGUUGUCUGAAGUUUUGUCACGCCUGACGGCUUCUCUCGAAGACUUGAGUCCAUGGAAAAGUCUGGCUUGUUCAGUUGGACUCUUAUUAAUAUUUCUCUCCAUUUUCCAAUAUGCGGUCGCUGCCGCUCGCUUCCCUUUAUAUGUCGAUGCACCAGGUCAAGAGAAAAAGCCCCCGCUCGUGCCACACAUCGCUCCAUUUCUGGGUACCUUGCCUUUGACGUUCCUAUGGAAUCCAAUGCAAUUUGUCAUCUCGUCAAAAACGCUUUUUUGGAGUCCUCAUCCAGUCCGAGUAAAGUUCAUGGGCCUAGAAUGCUAUAUCGUAUCAGGCGCCGCAAACAUCAAGUCUCUUUUCAAAGCCCCCUCGGUAACUGCCUUUGGCUUCCAUGGAUCUUUCCUUCGAAAGGCAUUCGGAAUGUCCGAAAAAGCAGCAGUACGAUAUAGUGAAGAUGACUCGGGUGAAAACCCAGAGCCUGCACCAAAUAGCAACGUGGAACCCAAGAACCGUAUGAAUUAUUUGACCCAUGAGUUCUUCAAGCGGUUCUUGAGUGGGCCUACCCUUCAGACUCUAGAGAAAGGACUAGAGAACCAUCUCACGAGGCAUCUCCUGUCUCUUAAUGUGGCCACGGACAGCGGAUGGACCCACAUACACGACUUUAUGAGUAUUUUCAAAAAUCAAGUUACCUCUGCUGUGGUGGACACUAUAUGUGGACCAAACCUGAUCAGACAAAACCCUGGGUUUCCAGAUGAUCUUUGGACUGUCGAUUGCGGAGUUGGAAAGCUUAUGAGUGGGUUGCCCUCCUUUCUGGUUUCCAAGCCUCGAAGUUGUCGAGCGCGUGCAAUCCAAUCAAUCAAACGCUGGCGCGCUUGGGCAGAGGAAAACUCCGACCCUGCACAAGUCGGUCCUGGUGGUGAAAGUCCCUAUUGGGGAACGGAGAUGUUCCACUCGUUAUUGGAGAUAUACAGUAAUAUGGAUGGAUUUGACGAUGAGAGUGUUGCAACUGAGGUUUUGGCAUUUAUUUGGGCCACUACUACAAAUUCGGUUCCUUCAGCUUUCUGGGCAUGCAUGGAUGUGUUUCGUGAUCCUGAAUUGCUUGCACAAGUUCGAAGUGAAGUUGAAUCCUGCUUGAUUAGACAAAGAUCACCAACAGAUGAGAUCCGGUUCGAUACUGAGCGCCUGACUCGCCUGCCUACAUUGCAAGCUGUGUUUGCAGAAACUCUCCGUUUGCGAGUUCACGGCUUUCUUAUGCGCUUCCCAUCAAAGGAGAAUGUGAUCAUCAAUCAUGACUGGAGCAUUCCAAGGGAUAGUAUGAUCUUGAUGAGUUCAACUCCUGGCCAUAUGAACCCGGAAGUCUGGGCCAGCGGAUCGUGCGAAUCUCAUCCUGUUGAUCAGUUCCAUCCCGGACGUUUUUUGCAAUACUCCGAAAAGACUAAUUCACUGACAUUCUCCAUGGCUAGGGCUAAAGGCCAUUGGACACCUUUUGGUGGAGGUCACCACCCUUGUCCAGGUCGACACUUUUCCAGGCUGGAGAUUUUGUUGACCAUUGCUCUGCUCGUAACGAGCUACGACUGUGAGAUACUCGCGAGUGAGAAGAGCAUGGCCAUGAGUUCCCAAAACUUUGGAUUUGGAGUAUUAGAUCCAUGUGGUGAGAUCCCAGUCAGGAUCCGUCGCCGGAGUAUGGUAUAG